UCCGACGGACCGUGGAAAGUUUGCAAGACGGAGGCGUGGCCCGGCAGUCCAGCCGCCCUUCGCCCAAGACCCCGAAUGCACAGAGAGAAUCAGGGGCUUUCAGGUUAACCUUCAGAAAUGCAAUGGCUCAUCUUGAUUCUGAGGCAAAAGAGAAAUGUUUGCGGGAAGACCUGCAGUUCUACUUCAUGAACCCUUGUGAAAAAUACCGAGCCAGGCACCAGAUUCCAUGGAAGCUGGGUUUGCAGAUUUUGAAAAUCAUCAUGGUCACGACACAGCUUGUUCGAUUUGGUUUAAGUAACCAGCUGGUAGUUGCUUUUAAAGAAGAAAACACUAUUGCUUUUAAACACUUAUUUUUGAAAGGUUAUUCAGGCGUGGAUGAAGAUGACUACAGUUGUAGUGUGUACACUCAAGAGGACGCUUACGAAAGCAUCUUUUUUGCCAUCAAUCAGUAUCAUCGUCUAAAGAACAUCUCCGUGGGGACCCUUGGAUACGGAGAAAGUGAAGACAAUGGAAUUGGCUUGAAAGUGUGUAAGCAGCAGUACAAGAGAGGGGUCGUGUUCCCUUUGAAUGAGACUCUGAACAUUGACAGCGACAUUGAGAGAGAUUGUGACCACUUGGCCCUCCUGACUCUUUCCCAGAAGCCCCAGGAGUGGAAGAACUCGCCCUUCUUCAGACUAGAUUUUUAUCGGCUCUUACACGUGGAAAUCUCCUUUCGCCUUAAAGGCAUUGACCUACAGACAAUUCACUCCCGAGAGCUGCCAGACUGUUAUGUCUUCCAGAACAUGAUUGUCUUUGACAAUAAAGCACACAGCGGCAAAAUCAAAAUCUAUUUUGACAGUGAGGCCAAGAUUGAAGAAUGCAAAGACUUGAAUAUAUCUGGAACUAUCCAGAAGAACACUCAGUACGUCCUUAUAUUUGAUGCACUUGUCAUCGUGACAUGCUCGGCGUCUCUCGUCCUGUGCACCAGGUCCAUCGUGCUGGCUGUACGGCUGCGCCGGAGAUUUCUAAAUUUCUUCCUGGAAAAGUACAAGCGCCAUGUGUGUAAUGCUGACCAAUGGGAGUUCAUCAACGGAUGGUACAUCCUAGUGAUCAUCAGUGACCUCAUGACAAUAAUUGGAUCCAUAUUAAAAAUGGAAAUCAAAGCAAAGAACCUCACAAAUUAUGAUCUGUGCAGCAUUUUGCUUGGAACAUCUACACUCUUCGUCUGGGUUGGAGUCAUCAGAUACCUGGGCUACUUCCAAGCUUAUAACGUACUUAUUUUAACGAUGCAAGCCUCUCUGCCCAAAGUUCUUCGCUUCUGUGCUUGCGCUGGUAUGAUUUAUCUGGGUUACACGUUCUGUGGCUGGAUCGUCUUAGGACCAUAUCAUGCCAAGUUUGAAAAUUUGAACACAGUUGCUGAGUGUCUGUUUUCUCUGGUCAAUGGUGAUGACAUGUUUGCAACUUUCGCUCAAAUCCAGCAGAAGAGCAUCCUGGUGUGGCUGUUCAGCCGCCUCUAUUUAUAUUCCUUCAUCAGUCUCUUCAUAUACAUGAUUCUCAGCCUUUUUAUUGCACUGAUUACAGAUUCUUAUGACACCAUUAAGAAAUACCAACGGAACGGGUUUCCUGAAACAGACCUUCAGGAAUUCUUGAAGGAAUGCAGUGGCAAAGAGCAGGUUCAGAAGGAGCCCUCAACCUUUCUAUCCUGCAUCUGCUGUCUGAGGAGGAAAGGAAAUGAUGAACACUUGAUGCUCAUUAAUUAAACUCUGAGAAAGACCAUCGUUUCCAGUCCCUUAUCCAGUGGCAACACAGAUGGACCCCAAACAACUGGGACAGGCGCUUCCAAAAAUGCAGCCUUAUUUAAUUGCAAAGUGGAGGAGGAGGAGGACUGUCAGCUGUCUCACCACAACUGAACUUCAAAGUUCCCGUUUAUAAACUUGGAUAAUGAAGCACAGACCACAGUGAACUACUGGGCAUUAGUGCAAUAGAAAUGAAAUGAAAACAAUAAGAUUCUGUAUUGAUCUUUUAAUUUAUGACAUGAUAAUGUUGAAGCGGCCAAGGAUCACAUUUCAGAGUGUACGAAACAAUGGUGUUUAAAGUCACGUGGCUAAAGAAGUGUGUUUGUCAUCAAAUCAGAGUUUGUUUUAAAAGAGAGUUUUGAGUUGAAAGACAGGUAGUUUAUUUUUUGUGAUUUUUAUUUGUUUUGGGGUUUGGGGCCACACCUGGAAAUGCCCAGAGCUUAGUUCUGGCUUGACAUUGAGGGAUCACUUCUGGUAGGGUUUGGGGGACCCUAGAGAGUACUCAACCUGGAUAUUCAACCCAGAUUGGCCACAUGUAAGGCAUGUGCCCUACCAGCUGUACUAUGGCUCCAACCACAGUAUGUGUUUGUUAGCUCAUGGUUUGCACAGGAACAAAGUUGAUUGCACUGCCAAAUUAGAGACUCCAAGGAGAGGAAGUUUUAAGAAUUUUAAAGAGCACACUCAAAUCAAGAAAAAGACCUUCUACAGUGGACAUUUCUGAGACUACUUUCCUGAAAUUUUCUUCUGUUGCAUAAUAUGAAUCAAGUUGAUCUAUUCAGUGGGACAGAUAGGAAAGAGUCCCUUGGAUAUCUCAUCACUUGUGCUUAUCACUGAUAGUAAAUAUGUGACACAUGGAAUUCAUAGUGGUGGUUGCUUUUCUUCAUUGAAUUCCACUGUGUUGGGAUGGCCUCUACUCAAGCAAGUAAAUAGGGCACUUUUUUUCCCACAUAAGAAUAUUUUUUAUCAUAACAGAUAUAACUCCUCCUAUUUUUGUAAUAGGAGUAAUGUACUCUCAAGUCUGUUAAAUAUCUGGUCUCUAAAAAGAAGUUCUCAUUUCCUUAAAAGCUGCAAAAGAGAUAUGGGGCUAGGAUAUCAGUGGUAUUCAGUAAAUAUAGAUGAAAAUGGCUUGAGAUUAAAAUUAUCUCAUGCAUACUUCUCUUUUAUACUUGAAGUAUAUUAAAGGUCAACUCUUAUACAUUUGUUGGUGAAGAAUACGAGCGAGGCAGGAUCCUCAUUCCAGGGAUCAUGCAUUUGUUCCUCUAGCCCCUCCCCGGA